UUCGCGUCCCCGAGGCACUUCCGGCACUCGCGGAACUUUGGUGCAGCCGGACACGCAGGCGCGCAAGGCGGCAGGACUUGUUUCCGGCCGUGUUGGUGGUCUGCGUUGAGGUCCGUGGCAAAAGGAAGAUGGAGACAAUUCUGGAGCAGCAGCGGCGAUAUCAUGAGGAGAAGGAACGGCUUAUGGACGUCAUGGCCAAAGAGAUGCUCACAAAGAAGUCCACGCUACGGGACCAGAUCAAUUCUGACCAUCGCACUCGGGCCAUGCAAGAUAGGUACAUGGAGGUCAGUGGGAACCUGAGAGAUUUAUAUGACGAUAAGGAUGGGUUACGGAAGGAGGAGCUCAAUGCUAUUUCAGGACCCAAUGAGUUUGCUGAAUUCUAUAACAGACUCAAACAAAUAAAGGAAUUCCACCGGAAGCACCCAAAUGAGAUCUGUGUGCCAAUGUCGGUGGAAUUUGAGGAGCUCCUGAAGGCUCGAGAGAAUCCAAGUGAAGAGGCACAAAAUUUGGUGGAGUUCACAGAUGAAGAGGGGUAUGGUCGUUACCUCGAUCUCCAUGACUGUUACCUCAAGUACAUUAACCUGAAGGCAUCUGAGAAGCUGGAUUAUAUCACGUACCUGUCCAUCUUUGACCAGUUAUUUGACAUUCCUAAAGAAAGAAAGAAUGCAGAAUAUAAAAGAUACCUAGAGAUGCUGCUUGAGUACCUUCAGGAUUACACAGAUAGGGUGAAGCCUCUGCAAGAUCAAAAUGAACUUUUUGGGAAGAUUCAGACUGAAUUUGAGAAGAAGUGGGACAAUGGUACCUUCCCUGGAUGGCCGAAAGAGACAAGCAGUGCCCUGACUCAUGCUGGCGCCCAUCUUGACCUCUCUGCAUUUUCUUCCUGGGAGGAGUUGGCUUCCCUUGGACUGGACAGAUUGAAAUCUGCACUGUUAGCUUUAGGCUUGAAAUGUGGCGGGACCCUAGAGGAGCGAGCCCAGAGACUCUUCAGUACCAAAGGAAAGUCCUUGGAGUCACUUGACACCUCUCUGUUUGCCAAAAAUCCCAAGUCAAAGGGCACCAAGCGAGACACUGAGAGGAACAAAGACAUUGCUUUCCUAGAAGCCCAGAUCUAUGAAUAUGUAGAGAUUCUUGGGGAACAGCGACAUCUCACUCAUGAAAAUGUACAACGCAAGCAAGCAAGGACAGGAGAAGAGCGAGAAGAGGAGGAGGAAGAGCAGAUCAGUGAGAGUGAAAGUGAAGAUGAAGAGAAUGAGAUUAUUUACAACCCCAAAAACCUACCUCUUGGCUGGGAUGGCAAACCCAUUCCCUACUGGCUGUAUAAGCUUCACGGCCUAAAUAUCAACUACAACUGUGAGAUUUGUGGAAACUACACCUAUCGAGGGCCCAAGGCCUUCCAGCGGCACUUUGCUGAAUGGCGUCAUGCUCAUGGUAUGAGGUGUUUGGGCAUCCCAAACACUGCCCACUUUGCUAAUGUGACACAGAUUGAAGAUGCUGUCUCCUUGUGGGCCAAGUUGAAAUUGCAGAAGGCCUCAGAGCGAUGGCAGCCUGACACUGAGGAAGAAUAUGAAGACUCCAGUGGGAAUGUUGUGAAUAAGAAGACAUACGAGGAUCUGAAAAGACAAGGACUGCUCUAGUGUUCAGGGAUGUAGCUCAGCUUGGAGGCUUACCUAAGCUUCCCUGAGAACUUUUCUAUUUCUUCCACCCAAAUGCUCAAAGACAUUUACUAUGUAGUCUUAUGGUCUAGUAUGCAUCUUGUAGAAACAAGGCAUGCUAAUAGAUUGUGGGAUUGAAAUGUGUUUUAUCUUUGUUUUAUAUUGAAAAGAAUUCUUCUGGAAAAUAAAACCCACCCUUGUU